AGAGGAAGUAGUUGUUGUCCAGGAGUCGACCGUCAUCUACCGUUGCGUUGUCGUGCUAUCCAGCUAGCUAGUUAGCUUAGUGGACCAAAAUCCAACAGCUGAAGUGGAUAUAGAUUAUAGGCACAAUGUUGGUCCCAAUAUUCACCCUGAAGCUAAACCACAAGAUUAACCCUCGGAUGGUGACUGUUGGGAAAUUCGAUGGAGUGCACCCAUGUCUUACUGCAGCCACGCAGGCUGGAAAGGUUUUUAUCCAUAACCCUCAUGCCCGUGGUCAGAGGCCUGUGGCCCACCGCCUCAGCCAGAGCGCACAAGACUCUGACAUCUCGCUCCUCAACAUCAACCAGGCAGUCACUUGUCUGACGGCAGGAACUCUGGGACCAAACACCACUGGGGACACGCUGUUAGUGGGAUCCCAGACAAACCUGCUAGCCUAUGAUGUCCACGACAAUGCUGACAUCUUCUACCGAGAGGUGGCGGACGGGGCCAACGCGAUUGUGUUGGGGAAACUCGGGGGUAUCCCAAAUCCUCUGGCCAUCAUUGGAGGGAACUGCGCUUUACAAGGCUUUGAUUACGCUGGCAAUGACCACUUUUGGACAGUGACUGGCGAUAAUGUCCGAUCUCUGGUGCUGUGUGACUUCACUGGCGAUGGAAAGAAUGAGCUUCUGGUUGGAUCAGAGGACUUUGACAUCAGAGUAUUCAAAGAAGAUGAGCUAGUGUCCGAGAUGACUGAGAACGAGACAGUAACGUCACUGUGCCAUAUGCACGACAGCAGGUUCGGCUACGCUCUGGCCAAUGGCACUGUGGGAGUUUACGACCGCACCGCCCGCUAUUGGAGGAUUAAGUCUAAGAAUCAUGCAAUGAGCAUCCACGCCUUUGACCUGAAUGCUGACGGGGUGGUGGAGCUCAUCACCGGGUGGUCCAAUGGAAAGAUCGAUGCUCGUAGUGACCGCACCGGCGAGGUCAUUUUUAAAGACAACUUUUCCUCUUCUGUGGCCGGAGUGGUGGAGGGAGACUACAGGUUGGAUGGACAGAAACAACUUAUCUGCACCUCCACUGACGGAGAAGUUCGUGGUUACCUGCCAGCCAGUAAAGAGCUUAAAGGGAAUCUCAUGGACUCCAGUGCUGAACAGGACCUCAUUAGAGAGCUCAGCCAACGCAGACAGAAUCUGUUGCUGGAGCUACGCAACUAUGAAGAGAAUGCCAAGGGUGUGUCCGAGACAAACAGCGGGAUGGGUGUCAUACCAGCCAACACUCAGCUCAAGACAGCGCUAUCAGUGAGACCUGCCACAGAGACUCAGAAAGCUCAUAUAGAGCUCAACAUUUCAACAGCAAACGAAACCAUCAUCCGUGCAGUGCUAAUCUUCGCAGAGGGGAUAUUUGAGGGAGAGAGUCACGUUUUCCACCCCAGCGCUCAGAACCUGUCGGGCUGCGUCCGCGUCCCCAUCGUUCCCCCAAAAGACAUACCAGUAGAUCUGCACAUCAAGGCCUUUGUCGGAGGGAGAAUUAGCACCCAAUUCCACGUGUUUGAAAUCACUCGUCAGCUGCCUCGUUUCUCCAUGUACGACAUCCCAGUUGACUCCUCGGCCGCGCCGCCCACUGGCAGGGUCACCUUCAGCAUCAACGACCGGCCACAGCGGGUGGUGAUGUGGCUGAAUCAGAACUUCUUGCUUCCAGAAGGACUAGACUGCCCCAACAUCACCUUUAAUGCUCUAAGAGGAGGGGGACUGUUGUCCAUCAGUAUGGCCAGCAAUGGACAGAUCACUCUGAGGACGGAUGACAUUGACCUGGCGGGAGAUCUGGUCCAAUCGCUUGCCUCCUUCCUGGCAAUAGAGGACCUCUCAGCAGAAGCGGACUUCCCUGCAUACUUUGAGGACCUACACACUACACUCACUGAGGUGGAUGAGUUCCACUCUGUCCAUCAGAAGCUAACUGCAACCAUGGCCGACCACUCCAACUACAUCAGGAACAUGCUGGUGCAAGCAGAGGAUGCUCGCCUUAUGGGGGAGAUGACGACUAUGAAGAAGCGCUACAGAGAGCUGUACGAUCUAAAUAGAGAUCUGAUCAACGAGUAUAAAAUCCGCUCUAACAACCACAAUGCAUUAAUUGCCUGCCUCAAGUCUGUCAACCAGGCCAUACAGCGAGCUGGUAGACUCCGAGUUGGUAAACCCAAGAACCAAGUAAUCUCCGCCUGCCGAGACGCCAUCAAGAGUAACAACAUCAACGCACUCUUCAGGAUCAUGAAAGCUGGCACUGCAUCCUCCUGAGGACGAAUCAACUGAAAGAUAUCGGACAACGUAUCUGAACUGCGGUGUCUAAUGUGAUCGGUUUCAUGCUCGGCACUGAGGAUUUCCCCCCCCCCCGAGUGAUGAGACGAGAACUAACGCAGCGACGUGAAGAGGGACCCUGUUGUAGCCUUAACCUGUCCUUUUGCAUGGCGGCAACGUUUGGUACUAGCGCCACAAUACCGUUUCACUCUAUGGGACGACUAGUUCUACUUGCUCCCAGAGAUAAAACGCUGACAACAGGCUUAGUGCUCGUGGGAGAGUUUGAUUUAGUGCAGUUAAAGCUUAGCUAGGUAAUUGUCAAACUGAUUGCGGUGAAGGCUGGAGAGACAACUUGGAGAGUUCAGGUCAAGAGUCAGUGGAGCUCUUUCCUCGGGCGGAUGGAGGAAAGAUAUUCAAUGAUGCUUCAGAGGAAUUCGUGUUAAUGCAUUAAUCUGACCGCUGUCUAAAGCUCAUGCAAAACAACACAAUCAGUCAUCAGUUCCUCUCUCCCAAGCACUGGCUGGUAGUAAGUAGGAGUUAAACAUAUCUUUCUUUGAAUGCUCUAGACUUCUUCCAGGUAACGUUGCACAUUUCCUCUAGGAAACGUUUAAACUUCAGGAGAACGGUUCUACUAAGCUUGAGGGUUUCAAUCAAAAUGAGUAUGAGUGUGACUUGUUUAUUCCAGCUGACAGAGUGAUGUUAAUGAUGAGCGAGCACAGCGGGAGCCUCUAAGAUCCCUGUUGGCCCCUCUGUAGCGCUGUGUCACUGAGAUGCUCACAGCACUCCGGCUUCUGUUGACCGCAAAAGAAAACUAUUUUAAAUGAAUGUUACAGAAGACCAACAGUGUGUUGCACUGGUUUACCUUUUGUAGAUUGUAUACAGAGACUGUAAAUGUUUUAUUGUGUAUGUGGCAGAAACUGUUAUUAAAUAUUAAUGUGUUAAAAUUA